AUGCGCAUUGACGUCAAGCUGUUAGCUUCCCAACGACAUGUUUAUUGUUCGAGCAGCUCUACUAUGUCCUAGGCUUGUGUUUAGGUUUGACUAGUCCAAUAAUCCUCAUAGUUAUCUGUUCCUAAUAUAUGUUACAAUUUACAGACAAGUAUUGCACAAGAAGGACAAAUCAGCUCGUGAGGGACCACACUGACAACCAGGAAGUAACUAUCUUAAAGGCACAACCCCAGUAUCUGGCACCACCAUCACAAUAAAAGGCUAGCUGAUUACAUAAGCGUGUGACAAACUGUAAAGUUGAAGAUCAUCACUUAGGAGAGCCGCAUUAGCGGGAAACUACAACAAAGAUGGGGAACAGUGCAAUCAAAGCCCAUCUGGAAAACUCACAGAAGACUGGGAUCUUUCAGUUGACAGGGAAAGGUCUCCCUGAGUUCCCCGAGGAGCUCCAGAGGUUGACUGGAAACCUACGGACUGUAGAUCUGUCUUCCAACAAGAUUGAAGUGCUGCCUGCCGCCAUAGGAAACUUCCUUCAGAUGAAGAGUCUUACUUUAAACUGUAAUAAACUCACAAGUCUCCCAGAUGAAAUUGGGAAGCUUAAGAAACUAGAGACCCUCUUGCUGAACGGGAACCAACUGAGGCAGCUCCCUAGCGGUGUAGGACAGUUGAAAGCAUUGCGCACCCUCAGCCUGUCUGGGAACAAGUUCCGGGAGUUUCCUGGCGGCCUCGGCUCCCUACGACACCUGGACGUCCUGGACCUGUCCAAGAACCACAUCCAGGCUGUUCCUGCUGAGGUAGCUGCCCUGCAGGCCAUCGAGAUCAAUCUCAACCAGAACCAGAUUUCAGUGGUGUCUGCAGAGGUGUCCACCUGCCAGAGGCUAAAGGUGCUGAGAUUGGAGGAGAACUGUCUAGAGCUUGCCUCCAUCCCUGUGUCCAUCCUCACCAGCUCCCAGGUGUCUCUGCUCUCUGUGGAGGGCAACCUGUUUGAGGUGAAAAAUAUGCGGGACCUGGAAGGGUAUGAGAAGUAUAUGGAGCGCUUCACUGCAACCAAGAAGAAGUUUGCCUGAAGAAUAGAGAGAGGGAGCAUCCCCCUGAGUCCAGCUUGUGCACUACACCCAAGUACCCUCCCUAGUGGUUGUCUUACUACAGUAUAUAUGGCUUCUGCACUACAGCAACAGGUUACAACAGCAAGAACCACAGUAGAAUGAGUACUGAUUGAGAGCAUGCUAUGAUCUGUGUAUGACAGCAACAGGAUACCAUGAAUGGAAAAAGAGAACUAUGUGAACAGUGGACGAUAGACAGUGCAUUCACUUAUGAUAUUCAUAGAAAUUGCAUACUAAUUUACAAACGAAAAUCUAAGCCGGUUAUACUUAAAUAGUAUAGUGGGCUAAAAUGUCCCUCUACAUACAUUGGCUUUUAACUGCAUAUAAAUGAUCUAACAAUACAAUUGUUGCAGAAGUCAAACGCCUCGGUUCAGUAUCAAGCAGUGUUUUGCCUGUCAGAUAGUAUAUGUGCCGUGACCAGCAAGCGAAUGAAAACUGUAGUAUAGAAUGUCAAAGUAGUGACAAUUGCACUACAUAGACCCAGAAUGAGAUAAUGAUUUUAAAGCUCCAUUUUGCAUUAAGGCUUUACCCUGUGGAUCUGGAAUGGAACGUCACAUUUUUUCUGUAGCUCUGGUCCAGAGUGUUUCUUUUCAGCUGAGGAAAGCUGAUUCAUCAGCAUGCCACACAUAAAACCCUGGACCAGAGCUAGAUUUUCUGGUGCUGUGAAAGAAUGAAGAAAAUCACAGCCUAAAUGUAAACAAAUCUAUACUGAACAAAAAUAUAAACGGAACAAUAUCAAUGAUUUUACUGAGUUAGUUCAUUAUAAGGAAAUCAGUCAAUUUAAAUAAAUAAAUUAGGCCCUAAUCUAUGGAUUUCUCAUGAUUGGGCAGGGGCAUAGGCCCACUCACUUGGAAGCCAGGCCCAGCCAAUCAAAAUAAUUUUUUCCCCCUCAAAAGGGCUUUAUUAAAGACAGAAAUACUCCUCAGAUUCAUCAGCUGUCUGGGUAGCUGGUCUCAGACGAUCCCACAGGUGAAGAAGUCGGAUGUGGCGGGCUGACGUGGUCACAUGUGGUCUUGUGAGGCCGGUUGAAUGUACUGCCAAAUUCUGUAAAACGAUGUUGGGGGUAGCUUAUGGUAGAGAAAUUAACAUUAAAUUCACUGGCAACAGCUCUGGUGGACAUUCUUGCAGUCAGCAUGCUAAUUGCAUGCUCCCUCAACUUGACAUCUAUGGCAUUGUGUUGUGUGUCAACUGCACAUUUUAGUGGCCUUUUAUUGUCCCCAGCACAAGGUGCAUCUGUGUAAUGAUCAUGCUGUUUAAUCAGCUUCUUCAAAUGCCACACCUGUUAGGUGGAUGGAUUUUCUUGGCAAAGGAAAAAUGCUCACUAACAGGAUGUAAACAAAUUUGUGCACAGAAUUUGAGAGAAAUAAGCUAUUUAUGCAUAUGGAACAUUUCUGGGAACUUAUUUCAGCUCAUUAAACAUGGGACCAACACUUUAUAUGUUGCGUUUAUAUUUUUGUUCAGAACAUUUGGCUCUUCGCAAGCAUACUCUUAUUGCUUCUGAAUACUCACUAGUUAUAUUAUUUGGACUUGAUUUGUAUUCAUGUGUUAUUUAUCUUCAGUUGGUCUGUUGAACACAUCCUUACUAUUUUAGUAAUUUAACUCUGUAAAUAAUUUGUAGACAUUUUACGAAGUGUGUGUGAUUGUAUCAGAUAAAAACCACAAAACAGGAUCACCUCCACUAUUCAAAAUUUGACCCUCAAAGAAUUUUUGAAGGAUCCUAACCUUUAUUACUAGAUUGAAUACAACCUCACAAAGAGGAUCAUUCAUAUCUGUUUUCUAAUCAGUGUUGCUGAUCAAGGGUGCACUUUCUGUGAAAGGAGGAGUUGCAUUAGGCUGUCAUUAACAAUACAUUUAACUUAUCAGGUGUAUGUAAUUUAAUUGUAACAGAAUACUCUCCAUGAAUUGUGUCAAUAUACUAACACUGAUUUAUGUAGAAUUACUUAACUUUGUUUCAUUUGAAUGCUUAUUUAAUUUUACUUAAAUAUGAUUCCAUUCUUUGCACAGCUUUGUGCAAGAGUGUACAGUUUUGUGCAAGAGUGUACAGUAUUCAGACCAAUUCAUAUCAGGUUGUCACAACCUUAAUUUUGUGAAAGGAAAGUACAUGCAGUAAUUUAAUAUACCCCGCAUUCCAUCCCAAAUUCUCCGAAUAAAGAUAUAAUACAUACAA